GGCCCGGGCGGGCGGGGAGCAACGGCCGCGGACGCCGCGGGGCCGCAUCGUCGAGGGCCAGGGGCGGGCGGGGAGCGCUGGGCUCUCGGGCCGGGGCCGCCGGCGCCAUGGGCAACCGCGGGAUGGAAGAGCUGAUCCCGCUGGUCAACAAGCUGCAGGAUGCCUUCAGCUCCAUCGGCCAGAGCUGCCACCUGGACCUGCCGCAGAUCGCCGUGGUGGGCGGCCAGAGCGCCGGCAAGAGCUCGGUGCUCGAGAACUUCGUGGGCCGGGACUUCCUUCCCCGAGGUUCAGGAAUCGUCACUCGGCGGCCUCUCAUCCUGCAGCUCAUCUUCUCAAAAACAGAAUAUGCCGAGUUUUUGCACUGCAAGUCCAAAAAGUUUACAGACUUUGAGGAAGUCCGACAGGAGAUUGAAGCCGAGACCGACAGGGUCACGGGGACCAACAAAGGCAUCUCCCCAGUGCCCAUCAACCUGCGGGUCUACUCGCCACACGUGUUGAACCUGACCCUCAUCGACCUCCCGGGCAUCACCAAGGUGCCUGUGGGGGAUCAGCCCCCAGACAUUGAGUACCAGAUCAAGGACAUGGUCCUGCAGUUCAUCAGCCGGGAGAGCAGCCUCAUCCUCGCCGUGACCCCCGCCAACAUGGACCUGGCCAACUCGGAUGCCCUCAAGCUGGCCAAGGAGGUCGACCCCCAAGGCCUGCGGACCAUCGGCGUCAUCACCAAGCUCGACCUAAUGGACGAAGGCACUGAUGCCAGGGACAUCCUGGAGAACAAGCUGCUCCCCUUGAGAAGAGGCUACAUUGGCGUGGUGAACCGCAGCCAGAAGGACAUUGAGGGCAAGAAGGACAUCCGCGCAGCGCUGGCGGCCGAGAGGAAGUUUUUCCUCUCCCACCCGGCCUACCGGCACAUGGCGGACCGCAUGGGCACCCCACACCUGCAGAAGACUCUGAAUCAGCAACUGACCAACCACAUCCGGGAGUCACUGCCGGCCCUGCGCAGCAAGCUGCAGAGCCAGCUGCUGUCCCUGGAGAAGGAGGUGGAGGAGUACAAGAACUUCCGGCCCGACGACCCCACGCGCAAGACCAAAGCCCUGCUGCA